AUGGGAUUUUGCAGACGAUGCGGUGACAUUGUUGUUGGUCCCCGCUGCAAGUGCGGCGGUACUGCAUGGGACCAGAACGAAGGAAGGCCGCAAGAUAGGUGGUCUAAGACCUAUGUCACCAGGGAGAAGUCUCCUACCCGCCCCGUCCGAGAGACAGUCGAAGAUACCCCUCCUUCCGCUCCUUCUGGCUCCUCCAGGCGGUUCCCGCGCCCCGCCUCGUCCGUCACACUCGGUAGCGCGGAGUCACCCCCGUCCAGUUCCGCAGCAGCAGCGGCAGGUAUACUCCCGAACCCGAACGGAUCCGAGCUCGCGAAAGUGUAUGGAUCCGUACUCCAACCGAAGGAAACACUGGACUCGUUUCACUGUGCGCUGUGUUCCACUCCCUUCUCUCCUGAUGCUACCAUCUAUCCUGAUCCAUCAACCCUUUCGUUGACUGGUGUCGUCCUCACUCCCGGAAACAAUACCCGGUUCCUAUGUCGUCCAUGCUUUGUGGACAACGGCGGCUCGAAAGGAGACUGUCCUGCCUGCCACAGACCCGUCCUGAUUCUCAAGACCGAAGGCGGCUUCGUGGAGAACAGCGGUAGAGUGUGGCACAAGAAGUGUUUCUUGUGCGACGGAUGUGGCAAGGACAUCGGAAAGCCAUGCUGUGCAGACUGUUUCGACUCCUGCCUCAACAGGUCUACCCGAAACACGCCGCAGAAGUCUGGUCGCAAAGACGAUGGUACACUAAGCAACCUGGGUGGUACAAGGCGCGGAGAGCGGGAGCGGGAGGGCAGCCCAGCUUUGGAGGAGCUCGAGCAGCGUCUCGGCAUCAUUCGCAGUCGAGAGAACACUCCAGUUAAAGACGACCGUUCCAUCCGUACCAACUCUGGUCUGAAGAGUCCAACUCUCACACCUGUGCGUAGUCCCCUGGCAUCCAGGUAUGCACCAGGCAACACAGGCAGCGUUGACAGCAGCCCUAUCGUCGAACGACUGGCCGCACGUGCCCGUGCCGACUCCUUUCCCUCGCUCGGCUCCUCACCUGCCAUGCAAAUAGGUGCCAGUGCGCGGGAUGGCAGCCCACUUUCAGCGCGACGCAUGAGCAGGUAUCGGAGCCCGGACCCUGAGGAUGCGCUGAGUGACGGUAGCCCGGCACCGCGACGGACGUACAAUCGGUUCAGGAGCCCCGAGCCUGAUGUCUUCGGCUCAAGUCCUAUCUCUAGGAUUACUGGCAGUCCGCGCUAUGGCAGUCCUUCCGCUACGUCCAAGCAGCCUACCGAGGAAGCGAUUGAAGAAAUGAAGAAACGUUUCCUGGGGCAGGCCUCGCCUGCGCCUGCCACCAGUUCAUCGUCUACGAAGAAAGCGUCGGCGGAGACUAUGACGGCGAGGAGACGGUCGCGCUCCCGGACGCGUAGCAGCAUCGCCGAUGAGAGCGGCGUGCUCCGCCCUUCAUUCACGGGCAUGUCCACCACCGGUGAAGGUCGGGAGACUGUAUCCCGCAUCCCGCGCAAGUCGGAGACACCAUCUUCACGGAGCAGCCCAUCCACAAGCUCGGUCCAGAUCUCCGUGCGCCAGGACAAGACGGGAGAGACGGACUACACCCUGCGUCGCGACCGGACGGGCGACGACGAAGUGGAGUCGCUGCUCGGAGAGAAGGUACCCACGGGCAACCUCAUCGACAUAAGCACAGAUCAUCUGCAGGAAACCGAGUCGACUGGGCCGAUGUCUGACAUCUCGAUGCAUGGGCUGCGAACUGGACUCGGCAUACGGACGACGUCGUCGCGCACGGAUCUCAGCACAGAGUAUGACCAGUCCGUACCGUCUACUCCGGAUCUAGCGGGCGAGUUUUCCGACACAACCCCUCCUGGUCGCCGCACCUCGACCACUUCUACAGGCAGCGGUACCCGGCGUCUGCGCACGUCCGACGCGUUCUCUUCUAACACGCCUACGCCCAAGUCGAAGACGCUCCCGAGUGGAAUCAGCUUAUCCUCACCGACGCCACUGUCAUCGGAUGCGCGGUGUGCGAGGUGCAACUUGCCGCUGUUCACGACGAAGUUUGGAGGGAAGUUCGUGACAGUCCCGGAGGAGCCGGCGAGCAGUGGUGUCCCGCCGAAGACAUACCACACUGCCUGCUUCAGGUGCAAAGUCUGUGACGGCCCUUUCGAAGAGCGUGAAGGAGGACGGACAGUCUUUGUCAGGGGCGAAGACGGUGCUUGUCACGUCGAGGUACCUGAUGGCACGGCGAUAGUCUCAAUCCCGAAGCCAUCGAUCUCGACCUAUUCAACGCGGGAGCCAACCUCGAGCCGGUAUGAGCGGCCACCACCGAGCGCGCCAGCGACGAGUACUACCUUCACGCGUGUCGUGCCCUGGGUGCAACAUCUCGGUUCGCCGAUGGAGCGAGGUGUAGUGCCUGGGCCGCAGGGCACGCGCUGGCACGGAACCUGCCUCCUGAAGGAGGAAGGCAGACCAGGCUGCGGGAAGAAGCUCGACAGCGCAGCGAAGACCGACAUCGACGGCCGGGUGUGGUGCAGGGAGUGCUUGCUCCUUUUGCCCGCUUCGAUGCGGAAUCCGACUUCUCCCGUCAGAAGCCCCGUCGCGCCCCAGCAUACGGGCACGACGACGCUGGCGCGCACGGCGAUGAUGAGGCAGCUCACGGGCGGUGGGCUGAGUCCGACCAGGCAGCUGUCGACGGACGUACCCCCGCCCAAGUCGGUCACGGGCAUACGAAGCACGAAGAGCGAUGGAGAGGGGAGGGGAAUGUUUUUGGUGAGGCAGCUUACCGGUGGUAAGUAG